CUGGAGGAUGGGGGCGACCGGCGGUGCGGGCUGCUGAGCGGCGCGCAGCUCUCUUGCCACUUCCCCCUUCCACACCCGGCCAGCGCCGCACUCCCUGCCAGCAUGAACCGGCUCGGCUCUGGCCCCAUGGGCAGCUCUACCGCCGCCUCUGCCGGCGGCCAGUACCGGGUGUGCGGCAAUUGCCGGAAGGUGCCGAGACAGGAAAAGCGAGUGCAAGUCUCCCCACCGCUGACGAGAGGACCAAGUGCCUUUAUACCAGAGAAUGAAGUUAUGCAAGCGAAUGGUUUGGAUGAGCGUACUAAUCUUCUGGUGGAAGAAUACUCUACGUCUGGUCGCCUGGACAACAUCACACAGGUCAUGAGCAUCCAUACUCAGUACCUGGAGUCUUUCCUCCGCAGCCAGUUCUAUAUGCUGCGCAUGGAUGGGCCCCUUCCUUUGCCCUAUAGACACUACAUUGCUAUCAUGGCUGCUGCCAGACAUCAGUGUUCCUACCUAAUAAACAUGCACGUUGAUGAGUUUUUGAAGACUGGUGGGAUUGCAGAGUGGUUGAAUGGUUUAGAAUACAUUCCCCAAAGACUGAAAAACCUGAACGAAAUAAACAAGCUCUUGGCACACCGGCCCUGGCUUAUCACGAAAGAGCACAUUCAGAAACUUGUCAAGACUGGGGAAAACAACUGGUCCCUUCCUGAGCUGGUGCAUGCUGUUGUCCUGUUGGCACAUUAUCAUGCCUUGGCAAGUUUUGUAUUUGGUAGUGGCAUUAAUCCAGAGAGAGACCCAGAUACAUCUAAUGGAGUCAGACUUAUAGCAGUCAACAACUUCUGUGUCUGUGAUCUUGCCAAUGACAACAGCAUAGAGAAUGCAUCCCUCACGAGUAGCAACUUUGGGAAUGUCAUGGUGUUUUUGCAGAUUGCAGAUUCUUUAAGUGAGCUGGAGGCCCUAAUGGAACGGAUGAAGAGGCUUCAAGAAGAUAAAGAGGAUGAAGAAGCCUCUCAGGAAGAAAUGGCAACUCGCUUUGAAAAGGAGAAGAAGGAGAGUCUGCUAGUAAUUAGUGGAGCAUUUGAAGAUGAAAUAGUUUCUACAGAUGUGUCUCGCUACAUUGAAGAUCCUGGAUUUGGGUACAAAGACUUUGCAAGGCGAGGAGAAGACCAUCUGCCAACGUUCAGAGCUCAGGACUAUACUUGGGAAAAUCAUGGGUUUUCCCUUGUAAACAGGCUUUAUUCUGAUAUUGGGCAUCUCCUUGAUGAGAAGUUUCGGAUGGUGUAUAACCUCACCUACAACACUAUGGCAACGCAUGAAGAUGUGGAUACGACUACAUUAAGAAGAGCUUUAUUUAACUAUGUCCACUGUAUGUAUGGAAUCAGGUAUGAUGACUAUGAUUAUGGAGAAGUUAAUCAGUUACUUGAACGCAGCCUGAAGGUUUACAUAAAGACAGUGACCUGCUACCCAGAGAGAACUACCAAGCGCAUGUACGACAGCUACUGGCGUCAGUUCAAGCACUCGGAGAAGGUUCAUGUCAAUCUGCUUCUAAUGGAAGCUCGUAUGCAGGCUGAACUUCUGUAUGCCCUUCGUGCCAUAACUCGUCACUUAACCUGAAGCAUUCGCUGGGCAGGAGUAAAGGAGCUUUCACUGAGUAUGUAAAGACCUUUCGAAAUAGAUACACACCAGAAGCUGUUUGUGAUGUAGCAUCAGGUUAUUCAAUUCUAUAGUGUCAAAGUUUGGCCGUGCUUCUCGACGGCUGUAAUGUGCAAUGACGUUGUUUUAUUUUCUUGAUGCUUAACAUUACUAAUGAUAACAAAAGUAACACUGAGGAGCACUACUCUGCAUUGUUUCCGACUGGAUUUCUGCGCAGUGGUCAGGGUCCUGAAACUGGUUUUGUUAUAUCCAAUCCUAGCGCUUUGUUCUUUAAGCACCGGAGAGAAGUGCUUAGAGACUUCUUCUUUUCCAAGCAAUCGUUUUUCAGAUUAGUGGAGUCCAGCAGAGGAUGAGUUCUGCCUGUCCUGAGAGCAUACCACCACGUCGUGACUCGUGACAGAGACGCGCAGGCUGCAUUGCAUUGAGUUGCCCACUGGAUUCUUCUGUGUCUCCUGGAGACCGCUUGCCAGUCACUGUCUUACUUACAGCAGUUGAAGGUGAUGUGAGGUGUGGAUGCAAACCUUGAGCACACUUUAAUGUGAAAUUAAUCAUGAUAAAUCCUACAGCAUGCUACUGAAGUGUGAAAUUCAUCUGCUUUGUCAUGCCCCUUCUUCCCAAGAGAAGAGGCUUCACGAUCUGCCAUUUCAGCCUCGCUGUGUUUCAGUCAUGCACAGUCUUGUUUUGCCAACAGUCACCCUCAGUUGUCCUUACGGUAUCCAUGCUCAUCACACGUUGCAAUUUCUUUAGUUGGCACCUAGAAAGUCAACACACAGGCUGACCAAAAACAGGGUUGUGGGGGUUUUUUGCACUCUCUUCUUUCUCAAUGUUUUAACUAAGGAAAGUAAAGGAAGGCUAGCGGAUCCGUUCUUUCAUAUUGGAUGUACAGAGAUUUCUUUCCCAUGCCUUUUCCAUAGCAUGAAAUCCUAAUACUCAAAGUUUUAAAAGUCUCUAUGCAUUAGUGUGAGUGAACAAAAGAAAAGUGCAAUAUUUAAAAAGAAAGCAAGCUUUUUUUCCCUGUCAUGCCACUGCUAAAGUGUCCUUCUUACAUAGCCAUAAAGAAAUUUUAUAACCAAAUUUCUUUAUUGUCUAAGGCCUAGCAGUUCUGUUUUAGCUUUUAUGGCUUAAGACAACCUGAUACUGAGAUGCCAAAGCAUCCCCAAAACAAAGCAUUCUCGGACAACCGGUAGUAAUUGGGGAAGGGAAGAAAUAAGCUGCCAAAAAAUGUCACACUUUUGUGCUGUUUUUCUGUUGCUUCUGACUGAUUUUUCAAGAGCACAAAAUGUUGAUAUUUAAUAGCUUUAUUUUGUAUUGCAUUUAAUGAACCAGUGAAGUGCCUAAAGAGAUGCUUAAACUUACCCAGUAGGAUGCAAGUUGUCACUGCUUCAACUUCUGUCUGUUGGUUUGGACUUUUUGUGUUUCUUGAGGAGGGUGACCUUUACUUCUGUUCCCUACAUUCAAAGCUAACUGAAUCGUUCUGUUUUUAAUGUUCCACUGCAUUGUAGAAGUUAAUCUAGGAUUUUUUUUUUCCCCCGUUAGUGAUUGCAGAGUAGUGUUUAAAAAUGGUAUCACUCAUAUUUUAGUACUUUUCAUUGAUGAACCCAUGGAGCAGUACACUACUAAAGUUAGCUUUCUCCUUUUUUUGGCCCCUUUUUUCCUGAUACCUUGCUGUGAGUUCGCAUGUUGGGUUUUUUGCUUUAUCUGUUCCAGAUUGGAAAGCUAAAUGAUUGUACACUUUUCUGCACUUUCAGACUGCAGACUCUGCAUGUGAAAACCUGUUGAGGAAGAAGUCAGUAAUCAUAAUUAUUUACUUUUGUUUUUUUGAGUAACACGUUGGCUAUUUAGUAAACUACCCAAGAGACAGCAUCGGACUCUCCCCUGGAGAGAGCAUUGGGUAAAAAACACCAGAUUUAUUUAUCUUAGGUAGCUGACUGCAGAGACUUCUCUGAGGUAUUGAGAUGCUCGUUUGUGUGAAUUGAAAUUAACUUUCUAAAUUGUUACCAUCCUUUUUCCUCCCUGUUUGUGACUGUAGUGGCCAUACUUAAUGGUCUUUCUGCAUAAAAGAGUUCUGCUGAGAGAAGUUUUCAUGCAAUACUUUGGCUUGUUUUUUUCAAGUGGUGGGAACUGUACAGUGCUACUUUAAAAUUCCUUUGCUUUGGAAAGUUAAGUAGUUCUCAAGAAGCACAGCUGAGCUCUGGAAAGGGAGUGAAACUAGAUUUGGGUAACUAAUACCACAGCUUAGUUUCCCUUCAGAAAUGCAAAGGCUUUUAGGAGCAGGUUGAGUUUUACAUCUGCAAACACGAGUGCCUUUACUUCUUUCCUUUUGAAAUAUGCUUGCCAGCUCACAUGCCUUCUGAGCAAAGUGCAUGAGCAGAUUUGAAAUAAAUAUAGAAGCCAUAGGUGGAUGGCUUCAUAAAAUUUGUGGUAAAUCCAUGACUUCUUCUUCUUUUGUUUUCUUUCUUAAGGUGCCAUAUCAGGUCACAUACAGCCUGUGAGACAUUCCACCAUAGGAAAUGUCAUUGUACAACUAGUUUGCUAUUUCUAUUAUUUUAUGAAUCUUAAAUGCAAACUUGAACCUUCUGGAAAUGUUUUCCAGGUGGCUUCUUCUUUUUUUUUUUUUCCCCCCUCCAAAGUAUUGCAUUUACAUUGUAACAAUUGAUAGCUGUUUUUUUCUACUCAAAAGUUAUGAUUUUUGGGAUGUAUUUGUUCAAAAUAGCUGUUUAAAGUCAGACAACUCUACCACAGACUUUAUGCACGCUUUAGGCUCACACUGUGCCAAAUUUUAAUGUGCAAGUGUUUGGGAUUUUUUGCAUUUUUAAAGCACUCAUGAAUGUGAAUCUUCACACUUUGUUCAUUGGUAUCAUUCUUAAAAGUACCAUAAUUGUUGGAAGUGUAGGUGUUCUCUCUUUCUCUCUCUGUUCCUUUAUUGGAAUUAGUAGUUACCAGCAUUAAUGAUAGUCCACAAAAUACCAGCCAUGGCCAACAUAAAACAAGUGUACAGUCUCCUGUCUACUGAGACAAUUCUUGGUAGGAGCAAAUUAACCAGCCAGCACAAGGAGUGCUGUAAGUAGUGAACAGAUCUUCUGAGCAUGGACAGCUUGCAGAAUCACUUCCAAAUGUAUCUUGUAAAAGAAGACAUUCUUGCUGAAAAUGAUCCUUUUUGGUUUUUUGGUAAUGAAGAGAAGUGAAGAAAGUGCUGAUUGGGGCUGAACACUGCAAGAACAGGAACCAGGGUACAGUUUGUGCAGGUAGCUACAGGCAUCGUGGUACCCUAUGAGAAUUUUGGUGAGCUGUAGAUGCAUUUAUUUUCAUCAAGACUGAACCAAAAUGCAUUUCUUUGGCCUAAAGCUUUCAUUACAAUGCAAAGUACCUAUUUUCAGCUUCAGGAGUUAAAGGAUUGCCACAAUCAGCUCCUCUUCUUUAUUAAAAUAGCUUCAAGUGACUGUAAACAGUAAAAAAAAUGUAAGUUGAUAUAAAUUCAGAACAGAACAAAAAGGAAAUAUUCCACUUCUCUCUUACUUGAGUGCAGAAGGUCAAAGCACCAGAUUUUACAAAGGUUUUAUUUCAUUGGUAGUGAUGCUGAUAGAUUUUUCAUGGGAUUUGGAAAAAGCAGCCAGUUGCCUGAAUUUCAGUGGGGAUUUAAGCAUCUAGGCACUUGGCAAAAUCAUGCAAGGUGCCCACUUGUAUUUUUGAGUCAGAUCUUUAGAGAUACUUAGUCAUCUAAACUCAAUAGGAUGAGAUCAGUUUCCAUAGAGAUUAAAGGAAUACUGUGUAGCAGAACCAUGUGAUUUGCAGUAAGUGGUGAUGGGUAAUGGCAUGGGUUGUUUUGAGGGCUUAAUACAGACUUAGAGAAAUCUUUCCCAAAGCAGUUAAACUGUAAGCUGCUGCUCUUGCAGAGCAGGUUCUUGAUGUUUCUCAUGCACGUGUGUUUUCCAUGAACAUAGGCAUGCAUUUCAGGCUCAUGUUCCAGAGUUUGGACUCCCCUUUAAGAGGAGCCUCUGCUUUCAGAAAAGGUUUAUUGGCAGUAGCAAGUGGCUCAUGCCCCAACUAAACCAUUUUGGCCAGAAAGAAAUGCUCCAGAUCUCUUUCAUUUCUAGCAAUGCUCUUUCAGUUGCUUUCCUUAGAGGUUUGGGUUCUUCUUCCAUAAACAGGGAUGAUGUUGCACAAAAUGGAGGCAGAGAGGAGCAGGUUAAUUGGAAAUGAACUUCCCCAGAAGUAACCCAAAUAGAAAGCUGUAGGAGUUUGUUUGCCUGUAGCGAUCAUUCCAAGAGCUGGCUAACAAUGUCGGCUUUCACUUUCUGAACUUCAGAGUUACUCUCUCUAAAUGUCCCUCAGCACUGUGCUUGUCUGAAGAGAUGCCUCCACCAGCUUUUCCACAUUCAGGAAUUGUAAAGGAAAAGGUUUAUCUCCAAAUGAAAAUGAAUUUACUAUUUGAUACCUACUGCAUAGGUCACAGGUGUGAGAGAUGGAAAGAGUGCAGGAGUUUGAUGAGGCUUUGGGAGCAUCAUCUUGAUCAGUGUUAAUUUAUUCCUUACAGCACAUUUCCUGGCAUGAGGUCAUACUGCUGCUCCCCCAACACACAUCAUGUCUCUCUCUUGCAGAAAUUUAAUCAUCCUGCUGUUCACUAAGGACAAAAAGUGUCAUUUCCCAACCUGUGACCACCACCACCGCCCUGCAUCAUGUGCUUUGUAUCUUUCCAGCUCACAACCCCAGCGACGUUGCAGGGACAACCUCCUAGCCUUAACCUUGUAAAACAAUGGCAGAUUCCUAAAUUACUGUUUGCUGUUCAGUUCAGAGGGUCUUUCUCGUGUUCAGAAACACUUAAUUGCUGUGUUAGGUUCUUUCUGGACAGGAAAAUUUGAAAUCUAGUUUGAAAGGAUGCCCCUCAGUACUUGCUCACUUGUAGGUAGCAUUUGUCAGUAGCAUGUCUCUGGAGUUACAGUAAUAAUCCAGUGGAUCCUCUAAGGAAAUGCUUUUUUUUUUGCAUGAGUCCCCAUGCUUGAGCUGCUCAGCUGUGCAGGUUUCUUUGAGGGACAUCUAAUGAGAGAUUUGAGGUCUUCUUGUGCCAAGCAGUCUGACACACAUCUUAGGUCAGCAGCUUCUUUCAUGCCUUGCAGCUGAGUAGAUUGUAGCCAGACUCUGGAACAAGUGGAUUUGGGUUUUUCACUGACCUAUGGGAUACAUCCAAAUGCUUGAGAUGAUGCAUCUGCUUGGAGAUGUAAGCAGGGUUGAGUGUUCCUACAGGUACUAAGUAUCAUCAAGGCUUGUGGUAAAUAGAAAUCUGAAUUAAGCUCACAUUCUUGACAGUAGUUAGAGGUGAUACUGAAAAUGCCAGUUAAUUGUGGGGAACAAUCCAUGCUGUCAGCAUCAGAAGGUACAGACUGCAGACACCCUUGAGGGGACACAGCCAGCACAGGAGGAGCUGACACGUUGGUCUGUUGAAGAGACAUUACCAAUGUGUCUGAGAGGUUCUUUUGCAUGCCUGUGUGUAGGGGAGAUAAUGGGAGAUAGCUCCUUCAGAGGUGUGCAGAGGGCUUCUGUAGGAUAGGGUCUAAGACCUUUUCUUUACUCCACAAAUGGAGCAGGGGAAGAGAACCUGUUGGUUAUGUUGAGUAAAAUGUGCCCCCAUUAGCCCUUUGAAGGGAGUUUUCAGACAGAAUGGGUGAAUCACCAAGCAUUAUGUCUUUGGCUGAGGAAUCUGGGGGCAGUGACAGCCACAGGUCCAAACAUGCAUGGUCCAAAACUGUUUCUCAUUCCCCACUACACACUCAUGUCAUGCCACCAGACCCAAGCCUCUUCCCUAUAGCCCAACUGCCACAUGCCCAGGUGGCUGCAGGAGCAGCCCACUCAGAGUGGUGGGAGUUCCAACCACAUUUAAGGGGAAAAAUACAACAAUCAGGCUACAGCCCUUGGACUCUGUGAGGCAGCGUUGACAGAAACCUUCUCACGACUGUGACCAGAACUGGAUAUAAACUGUAGCUUAAAAAAAGUAGGAGUUUUGUAAACUUGAAAUCUCUUGGUUUUUACCCUUUUCUCCUUUUGCUGGAAAGCCACAAGAUGAAUGUAAAUGCUUUGUCCUUCUAUCCAACACAACUGAAAAUCAAGACUGCCAACUCCUUGUUUUGUAUUAGCCCUUCUUUUGUUUUGUUUUGUUUCCUUUCCUUCUUAAGGAAAGAAAAGUUUGUGAGCAAUAUAUGUAGCAUGCUGUGAACGUCUUGUUUCGAUCUUUAUAGUUACUCUUUAAUCCAUCAGUAUUAACACCAGUUCUUUUUAGGGUUUUUGGUUUGUUUUGUUUCGUUGGGUUGGGGUUAGUUUGGGGUUUUUUUUUUUUUCAUGUGUUCCCUUUGGUACUUUGUAUGCAGUGUAAGCAGAAGCUGUGAUGGGCUUUGCAGUCCUGUGCCGUGUUACUGUAACUCCCUGGUUUUGUUUUUAGAGGAAAGCACCUGACUGUGGGCCACCCUGGGGCAGGCAGUGUGCCCUCACACGACUGCCACGUUUUGGUCUCUUGUACUAUGUAUAGUUUUAAGUAGAAUAAGCUUUUUAACAGAAUAUUGAUGCGGUUUAUGAGUCACGCAGGCUGCAAGUGUCUGGUAUGUGAGAGUCUUUGUAUUUAUAGUUGUUGGGGUUUGGGGUUGUUUUGUUUUGUUGUUGUGGGGUUUUUUUGGGGUGGUUGUUUUUUGUUUGUUUGUUUUAAUUCAUAAAGUAGCAAACUUGAUAAACAUAGCCACUUUAAACUGCUCUUGCUAAACAGACCCUGCUGUAGAUAAAAUACCACUGUAGAUACAGGGAGUUGUGCUGGCAGACUGCUCUCAGCCAUGGGUGAGCCCAGACCCUCUCUGCUAGAAGCAGGGUGCCAGUUGCACAACCACUCUGCAUUUGCCCAUAUUUGGACCCAGACACCAGGAAGGCUGGGGUCUGGUGGGUGUUUUAUCCCCCUGCACCCAUGAGCCUGCUGCUGGGUCUGCUUACCAGUGCAUGGAGAGGAAACGUGAGCCUCGCCAGCAUGGGGGGGGUGGAUGGGCCAGCUGCUGGACUGCAGAUACAGUCACGCUGUUUCUGCAGCUUGAAAAAAGCUCCCAAGCAUUUCUAGAGUGCAAAACUUAGCUCUUGAUUUGUUGUCUGCACAGCCCAGCAUGUUAAGGGUGAGAAGCAGCAUUGGCACCUGGGGGCUUGAGCCCUCUUGCCCAUGAGCAGGGCAUUGUUGCGCCCAGGGGAGUGGCUUUUCAUUGCAUCAUCCACCUCUCAUCCUCUGGACAAGGGGGGAAGUUGUAUCCAGCCCCAACCCAGCAGCUCUCAGCUACUUCCCUCCUCCUGCUGCAGCAGUGCAAGUGUCUUAGGAUGGAGAACUAAGGACAAAACUCUGAUCCUGCUGCUCCCUCCCACCUCCACGAAGUGGAGAAGCGUGGUAGCACUGUGGGUCCCACGGUCCCUACAGCAUCCUGUGGGCAGGCAGCACAUCACCUGUCCUGCCUUUCAGGCCACCACCUGCUUGAAGCUCUAGAGGUAUGCCACGGGCACCAUACUUUUCACAGGAGGUUUGCCUGCAAGAUGAGGCAGCUGCAAGGAGCUCACUGUGGGUUCCCACAGCAGCUUUUAUCACUUUUUUUUCCUUGUUGUUGCUGGGUGGAGAGGUUUUUUUUGUUGGAUUUUUUUCCCCUUUCUUUCUUGCAGAGGACAGAACGACCUAGUGGGACAGAUUUUCUUUUUUAAUCUGUGUGUGACUUUUGUUAGUUUUUAAGUUACCCAACUUGAAUUUAACCCGAACAGACGCAGAAGGAAUUUGUGUUUCGGUUUUGGGGGGGAGUUUUUGUUUGUGUUUGUUUGGGUGUUUUGUUUUUGGUUUGUUUUGUUUUUUUUUUUUUUUCUGGUGAGUUAAGAGACAAAAUAAAUAAAUAAAAAGCAUUUUUAAACAAAGGAAAUCAUGUAUUAACAUUUUAACAGCGAUUCAUAAAUCUGCACUUUUUAUGAGGUUUUGAGAACUCUAUUUAUAGGUACGGAACAAUGGGGGUUUGUUUAAAACUGUAUCGCAUUUAUACUUGGCCGAAAUUACUUUUCGUUGUUAUCAGUAGGAAUUUUAUUGGGUAAAUAAAAUGGAUAAAAAUCUGC